UAGAGACAGGGUCCCACUAUGUAGCUCUAGCUGGCCUGACAUUCAUCAUGUAGACCAGCUUGGCCUUGAACUGUCAUGAGAGCUGUCUGCUGCAAUUAAAGGCCUGCACAACCAGACCUGGCUAUGAUUUUUAAUCACAUUAAUUAUGAAGACCUUCUCACUGAGUGUCACUAUUCUUUGGGCUUGAGAGCAGCUGAACAGUAAUAUACAUUCAUUUAUGGCUCUCUGCUUCCAGAUACAGAUGUGAUGGGGCCAGUGGCUUCAAGUUCUUGUGGCCAUGACUUCCACACCUCUGUGGAGUAGACCUUGGACUGUGAACUGACAUAAACCCUUCCUCUUCAAGUGGCUUCUGUCAGGGCAUUUAAUUACCAAAGCAUGCAGAGAAGCAAAGACACUCGUUUUUACUGUUCUGACAGGGUCUUGCUGUGUCUGUCAUUCUGGAACUCAUGUAGAGUAGGUUGGCCUCAGACUUGCAUCAAUCCUCAGCCUUCCAAAUACUUGGACCACAGAUAUGUGUCACAACACCCUUGCAGCAUUUUAUUUGUUCCUUAGUUUGCAAAAUGAGAAAUCCUGCCUCAGGGGUCUGGGAAGGGGCCGUCUGUGGGCACCAUGUCGGGCCACGAAGGUGGCAAAAAGAAGCACCUGAAACAGCCCAAGAAGCAGGCCAAGGAGAUGGACGACGAAGAUAAGGCUUUCAAGCAGAAACAAAAAGAGGAACAGAAAAAACUCAAGGAGCUAAAAGCCAAGGCCGUGGGGAAGGGACCCCUGGCCACAGGUGGAAUUAAGAAUCUGGCAAAAAGUAAGCUGUUCCUCUUAUCUUCAAUGAUGGUGACCCUCCUCCAUUCCUAUUUAAACAUCUGGAUACCCUGCCAUAACAUCUUUGCCACCUACAGCUAGAAUGAAGUGUUAUCCUGGAGCCUGUUAAACAUCUGGAUUCCUUACUAUAACAUCAUUGCCACCUGCAGAUAGAAUGAAGUGUUAUCUUGGAGCCUGUUGUAUAUUGUAAUAAACUUUUGUAAAAU